CUACGGAGCAUUAUAAUCCCGAUGGGGAAGAGAGCGAAAUUGAUAGUGCAAGGAGACGUAAAGCUGCAUAUAACUACUUACGCCACAGCGAAAUUGCCCCCUGUAUGCUGUAGGGUCCGACCAGGAUCCUCAUUAGGCACGGCGCAUGUGCAGAUGGCAAGGAGACAUGGAAGUUGAAAAGAUAUAUGUGGCAAUGUGCAGUAGGCUGCAGUGAGAGACGAGUUUGCCGCCCCUGGCUUACCUUGUCAUUUUCUCUCGAGAUCCAGUGCCAGUCUGUAGUGAUGAUGAAUAGGCGUGUCUGUCGUUGAAAAGUAAUGAGCCACUUAAAACAACCUCAAUGCAGCAUCAAUAAAUCCUAUGCCAAUGUUUGAGUUCUUGGUAUUAGCCAUAAAGAGCCAUGCUCCGAGGCUGCCUCAAAUCCGAGCAACAUUGAACAAGCCGUCUGAAUGUGUACCCCGAGGGUAAUCAUGGUGACAUCCGAGAUCCCACGCGGGCUCCAACAUAUGCUCGAUGCUGAAACCUCGGUCUGCCGUAGUUCACAAGACGUCAGUUCCACCCAAGUUUUGGUUGAUGAGGGGAAAAGUCAAAGCACAGACUUGCGAUCAUCAUCCCCUCGCAAACUAACUUGUGUGAUCACCGUUUGAGUCCGUUGAGAAAGCCUGGGGGUGUAACCCAUCGCGAGCGCUCACUGGAUGGAAAAAGAGAUUAGCAGUGCCCUGUAGGAAUAAUCGGCCAGAUUGAAUCGAGGCGAUUGAUUCGCACAAGGGGAAAAAAAGCCCACCGAAACGGUGGGGGGCGCCUAUUCUUAGUUAGGGAUUUCUGGUUUGUAGGGUAAAGAGAGAAAAAGGAAACGGACAAGGCCGGGCGGGCGUCGGAGCAGCGCCAGCUCCGAUUCGAGCAGACAAAAGAGAAAAGCGCAAGCAAUCCAGUUCCCCAGACACACACAUGGUCUGAUCUUCAACGUGGCCGCUGCACAGGCACCG